UAUCAUGGUAUUGUCAUUAAUUUUAAGUUAGUGUCGAGUUAAUUUAUAACACCAACUCAAUCAACGACAUUAUUAAUAUACACAAUUGAUAAAUGUAAUAAAGUGUGCAUAAUACAAUUAAAAUAUAAAUAUUAUAUUAAAAUGAAUAUAUGGUUUGGUUGUAUAUUAACAUUUUGCUAACUCAAAUGGUAAGGGUUCAAACCCUUACACAUCGUAAACAAAUUAAUGCCUAAUUAAUUUAUAACACCAACUUAUUUAUAAAGUUAAAUAAUAAUAUAGAUGAAUAUGAUUAUUGAGGAAAAAAAAUUAUUGGUCACCCAUAGAGUGGGUGAUAAGAAUUCUAGUUAGAUAUUGAUGGAAAAAGCUUGUAAUGGACGAGAGACGAAACCCAAAAUGAAUGCAUGGUUUGGGUUUAUGGUUUGGUUAAAUAAGCCGAACAUAACCAAAUGAUCUCACAAGACAUUGCACAAAACCACAUGCUGUCUUUAUCUUUGAUCUUAUAUCACAGGGGAAAGAAAAAAACGAAGAAAAAUAAAUGUAAGAAAACAUUGUAUUUAAUUAGAGUUCAAAGCUAUGAUUAUGAUGAUUCAUCAUAUACAUAGAAACAAUAGGACAAUCCUAGAAAGGGGAAGGGACCAUUUCCCAAAUGCUGUAAAGCCUGUGGGGAUUGAAAUAGAAAAAUUUUGAAGUACAAUAUAUCAAAUGAAUAAAUAGGGAACCUUAGGGUUUUGAAUUUGAAAAAAUUAUUGGUAUGAUCAAAAAGUGAAGGACUUCAAAAUUAAAGAGAAAAAGAGUUGAAAUGGGAGGGGUUGCUUGGACGGAAGAAGAAGAUUAUUUGCUAAAGAAAUGUAUAGAGCGGUAUGGAGAAGGGAAGUGGCAUCGAAUACCUGUUUUGGCUGGGCUAAAGAGGUGCCGCAAGAGCUGCAGACUAAGAUGGUUAAACUAUCUACGCCCAAACAUCAAAAGAGGGAGUUUUGCAGCAGAGGAAGUCAAUCUCAUCAUUAACCUCCACAGCCUCCUCGGUAACAGACUCCCUGGAAGAACCGCAAAUGAUGUUAAAAACUAUUGGAACUGCCAUCUCAGUAAAAAGCUCAACUCUGCUCCACAAUCUGAAGAUGACCAAACUGCAGCAGCAACAACAACAGCCUCAAUGAAACCCAGACGCCCAGCUCAUGUAUCUCCUAAUACCCAACAAGAAACCAGCGUGUGGGCACCGUUUCACGACGUUCAAGUCAAUCAGCAAGGCCAGGAAGUUGCAGCGGAGGAGCCUGUGACACUUGUGGGUGAUUUGGAGUUUGAUGAAGGCGGCAGCAGCAAAUGGUGGGAUGAUUUCAUCUUCGACAUGGAUUUAUGGACUGCUUCUUUGUGAAUGUCACUUUCUCCUAUAAUAGUAUUGGAGUUGUGUUAGAAUUGGAGGUCGGGAUUUAAAUUGUAGUUAUGAUGUUUGAUGUAAUAGAUGUUAUUGUGAUGAAUUACAAUAGAUAUUCCUAGCA